GAUAAGAGCGCGCCGCGGGCGGGAGGCUGGCCCGGGCCCCGCGAUGUCGCCCGCGCUGCUGAGCCUGGCCGCGCUGUGCUGGGGAGCCGCGUCCCCCGAGCCCACGAUUCAGUGUGACUCUGAACCCGGACCGUCUCCAGAGUGGAUGGUCCGACACACUCUGACCCCGGGAGACUUGAGGGACCUCCAGGUGGAACCUGUUAAAAGCAGUGCUGCAAUGGAGGACUAUUCAAUUUUGAUGAAUGUAAGCUGGAGACUCCGGGCAGAUGCCAGCAUUCGCUUGUUGAAGGCCACCAAGAUCUGUGUGACAGGCAAGGGCAACCACCAGUCCUACAGCUGCGUGAGGUGCAACUACACAGAGGCCUUCCAGACUCAAACCAGACCCUCUGGUGGCAGAUGGACGUUUUCCUACAUAGGCUUUCCUGUAGAGCCCAACACACUCUACUUCAUUGGAGCCCACAAUAUCCCCAACGCAAAUAUGAAUGAAGACCCCCCUUCCAUGUCUGUGAACUUCACCUCAGCAGGCUGCCUAGACCACAUAAUGAAAUACAAAAAAAAGUGCAUCGAGGCAGGAAGUCUGUGGGAUCCAGACAUCACUGCUUGUAAGAAGAACGAGACGACGGUAGAAGUGAAUUUUACAACCAGCCCCCUUGGAAACAAAUACAUGGCUCUCAUCCAAAAUAACAUUGUAAUUGGCUUUUCUUACAUGCUGGAGAACCAACCCCCAACUCGAGCUUCGGUGGUGAUCCCAGUAACCGGGGAAAGUGAAGGUGCUGUGGUCCAGCUGACUCCGUAUUUCCAUACUUGUGGCAAUGACUGCAUCCGACGCAAAGGGACAGUUGUGCUUUGCCCACAAACAGGCAGAAGCAUAUUGGGUGGCUGGCUGCCUCUCUUCCUCUCAGCUCUGCUAGUAGCCACAUGGGUGCUGGUGGUUGUGAUCUAUCUAAUGUGGAAGCAUGAAAGGACCAAGAAGGCUUCCUUCCCUACUACCACGCUACUGCCCCUCAUUAAGGUUCUUGUGGUCUACCCAUCUGAAAUAUGUUUCCAUCACACAGUUUGUUACUUCACUGAAUUUCUUCAAAAUCAUUGCAGAAGUGAGGUUAUCCUUGAAGAAUGGCAGAAAAAGAAAAUAGCUGAGAUGGGUCCAGUGCAGUGGCUUACCACUCAGAAGAAAGCAGUUGAUAAAGUCAUCUUCCUUCUUUCCAAUGAUGUCAGCUCCAGUUGUGAUAACACCUGUGGCCAGAGGGAGGGCAGCCUGCAUGAGAGCUCCCAAGACCUAUUCCCCCUGGCCUUUAACCUCUUCUGCAGCGAUCUGAGAAGCCAGACUCCUCUUAACAAAUACAUGGUAGUCUAUUUUAGGGAUGCUGAUACCAAAGACGAAUACAGUGCGCUCAGUGUCUGCCCCAAGUACCACCUCAUGAAGGAUGCUGCUGCUUUCUGUACAGAACUCCACGUCAAGCAGCCAGUGUCAGGAGGAAAGAGACUGACGGCCUGUUUCCUAUAGCCCACCCAUGAGAAAUGAGGGGCCUUGAAGCCUUCUUACCCACAGGGGGAAAGUAUCUCAGAUGAUUCUGAAGGUUCCUGUAUGGGCUACAUGCAGGAAAUAUUUUAUAUACACCUGCUUUAUGUAGCAAGAAAAAUAGGAUUCAAAACAAUACAUAUGCCUUAGUUUAAUUAGAACUUUUAUGCCAACGAAACUGUUACAAAUACUAACUACUGUUGCAUUAACUGAAGGACAGAAACUAAAUUUAUAAAGCUAAAUCAACUUCAUACCUAAAAGUCAAGGAGACUUAAAAUGCAGAACUAAAACCACUGAUAACAACAAAGCAUCUUCCAGGAGAACAUCCAGUCUUGAAUAGCCCACGCACUGCACUGUAAGCAAAAUUAUUUAUUUCUGUGACAUUCUGAACUUGUUAGUGAAUACCAAAUUUAAGAAAACCUCUGCUCCUUCACUAGUAACUUCAUAGGCAAAAAACCCUCUAUUAUAUACAAAAGCUAUUUUAAAGAAAACAGAAUAAGUAAUAACAAGCUGAACUCCUCUUUGCUGACCAGAUGAUGUAGUAUAUGUAUAGCCAUUUGUAUUAUCUGGCACUUGCAUAGGACCUUCCUGCCCUGAACUAGAUUCAUGUCCUAUCUGAUUCUUGUACAGGUGACUUUUAACAUGAAUACCAACAUCCAUUACCUGCAGACCUAAUGUCUACUUUGGCCCAGUUAUCUUUAAGAGGUUAUUGUAAGUGUUCAGAGUUUCUUGGUGAAUAUGUAACUUUUCCUGUUCAAAACACAAUUCCUGCUCCUUCAAAAGUCAGCCCUCUUGAAAUAAUUAGGCUUUUUAUAAAUGGAAUUAUAAUGGUUUGCCUGAAUAAAAAAUUACCAAGAGCUAGAAAUGUAUGGUAUUUAAAGUCUCCCAACUUCUUUUUAUAAAAGAAUCUUUUUUUUAACGCAGAGAUUACCAAGAGGCCAUUUAUAUUAGCACACAAUUUUUCUAGGAAUGCUUGUCUCUCUCACACAGUGCAAUACUGAAUCUGCCCUAGAAUGGGGAUCAGCUUUUGGUGGAUAACUUUUAAAAUGUAUUUGUGAAGUGUUAAAGCUAACCUUAAAGGGACAGGUGUUACAGAUAAAAUAAAAACCAAAAUAAGGAAGCACAGAAUGAAAACUCACCAUGUCCAACUUCACAAGCAGACACUUGGUAAUGGUGAGGCAAUAUGUUUAAUGUGGUUAAACUCACCUACUUGUCAUGAACAGUUUUCAAGGCGCUUUUAAGUGCUAGUAACAAAAGACGGACAAAGCUUAUGUCAAAACUUGGACCAGAAACCAACUUCCUCUGAAUCAGUAUCUACCAGUUAUAAGGGUAAUAGGUUACUAUGUAAAAAACCAAUUAUACACAAAAUACAUUUUGCUUUUGGAACUAGGUAGACAUUAAUAAAUUGGGGUGAAACAGUGCAGAAAAAUAAAAUCAAUAUUGUAUAAAUUUAUUUUGUUAAAAUUUUUAAAAAAUAAAGAGUACACAAUCUUAAGAUUUAAGGCACAUAUCUUCAAUAAUACCAAACAAGGUAAAAAUCAUUGUUCCUCACCUGAGCAGGUAUUUAGAAUAUUCCUUGUUAUGCAAAAUGUUCUAGGACCAGUAUUUCUUCAGGCGCUGAGAUUUCUAACCAUCCUACUCUUUCUAUAUUGUACUUUUACCCUCCACCUCUUAAUCUCUUAUCUCUACCUUUGUCUCUCACCUCCCUCAUCCGAGUCUCACUCCCAUCUCCAGUUCUGGAUAAGCAGAUGGUGGAAGCAGACUCCCAGCAGGGAGUGGCAGGAAUCAGGCAAUUUCCCAGGUCUCUUCUGUCUCCACACAGUACUUUCUUUUCCUCUGGCCAGGGGCUUGGAAGGCUUCCCCAAGGCCUGGACCGCUGGUGCUAAUACCGGUUUAUAUUUAGAUUUUGCUUCAGAUGGUUCAGAUUCAGGUCAAAUGAUCAUACCAAGCAUAAAGAGUUCUGAAACCUUUCUCUUAGUUCCUUUAAGGAAAACUGGGGGCUUGAUGAUUAAAUUAGUAGUGAUUAGAGCAGUCACCUUUACUUAUCGGUACAACACAAGUUAACUCUACAUUACACCUGAGUUGUUUCUAUUGGGCUUGAAGAAGGAAACAAGUUUUCAGUUUUUGUUCUGUUUUGGCCAGAUAAGGACUGUUUUCUUUCCCUAAGCCUACCCUGAAGCAUGUGAGUAACAAAAGCCAACCAGCCCAGCCUUAAAUCUUUGCCUCUGGAAAUCCAGAGCUCAACUGGUCAGUCUUUUUUAUAAUCCAACAGAAAAAGAAAAGAAGAACAUUUUUUUUCCCUAUUUGGAAUUCUAAGACCACACGAGUCCCAACAUGUGUGCCUGCUGUAACACGAGGGAAAUGGCAUGACCACACAGCUGUAAGGAGUCAAGUACCCAAGUCACGCUC